CUGCUGGGGGGAGUAGUUCCGGUAGGGGAAAAAUGCCACGGCCGGAAACAUAUGUGGCAAUUUUUGACUGGCUCGCUUCAGCUAAGGGGCCUGCGGACCCCGGCACCCUGCGCCCUCUCCCCUCUCUUCCCGUCCUUCCAGGACGUUUUUGCCGGACGAGGGGCUGAGGAGAGACGGCGGCGCCGAUAUCAGCUGAGUCUAGCCGAGCCGAAAAAGGAGUCCAGCGGGGUAUUGGGAAGAGGCAGCGAAGCGGCAGAACCGACUCACACACACACCCAGCACAGCGGACCGGUGGUAGAGGCGGUGCAGGACCCUGGUGCCGAACUGAACUCAGCAGAGGGAGAGUCGAAUUAGCUUGGAGGACCGAGCUUCUGGGAGUACUGCUGCACGGUCUAUGAGCAGGCUCGGCCCUAGGCUCAAGAUGGCGGCGGCAGUGGCGGAUAAACAGAAGCACGAGCAUGGCCGGGUGAAGAUUGGGCACUAUAUCCUGGGCGACACGCUCGGCGUUGGUACCUUUGGCAAAGUCAAAGUUGGUAAACAUGAAUUAACUGGGCAUAAAGUCGCAGUGAAGAUCCUAAAUCGACAGAAGAUUCGCAGCCUUGAUGUUGUAGGAAAAAUCCGCAGGGAGAUCCAGAACCUCAAACUCUUCAGACAUCCUCAUAUAAUUAAACUGUACCAGGUCAUCAGUACACCAACUGACAUUUUCAUGGUGAUGGAAUAUGUUUCAGGAGGAGAACUGUUUGAUUAUAUCUGUAAAAAUGGAAGGCUUGAUGAAAAGGAAAGUAGACGUCUGUUCCAGCAAAUCCUUUCUGGCGUGGAUUACUGUCACAGGCAUAUGGUAGUACAUAGAGAUCUGAAGCCUGAAAAUGUGCUGCUUGAUGCACACAUGAAUGCCAAGAUAGCUGAUUUUGGUCUAUCAAAUAUGAUGUCAGAUGGAGAAUUAAGAACAAGCUGUGGUUCCCCUAACUAUGCUGCACCAGAAGUAAUUUCAGGAAGAUUAUAUGCAGGUCCAGAAGUAGAUAUUUGGAGCAGUGGAGUUAUUCUCUAUGCUUUGUUAUGUGGAACACUUCCAUUUGAUGACGAUCACGUGCCAACCCUUUUUAAGAAGAUAUGCGAUGGUAUCUUUUAUACCCCUCAAUACCUGAAUCCAUCUGUAUCUAGUCUUCUGAAAUACAUGCUGCAAGUAGAUCCAAUGAAGAGAGCAACAAUCAGAAACAUUAGAGAACAUGAAUGGUUUAAGCAGGACCUUCCCAAGUACCUGUUUCCUGAAGACCCAUCAUAUAGUUCUACCAUGAUUGAUGAUGAAGCCUUAAAAGAAGUGUGUGAGAAGUUUGAAUGCACUGAAGAAGAAGUGCUAAGUUGUCUCUACAGCCAAAAUCAUCAGGACCCUUUAGUGGUUGCUUAUCACCUCAUUAUAGAUAAUAGAAGAAUAAUGAAUGAGGCCAAAGACUUCUACAUGGCUACAAGCCCACCGGAUUUUUUUCUUGAUGAUCACAAUCUGUCUCGACCUCAUCCUGAAAGAGUGCCAUUCUUAGUAGCUGAAGCACCACGUCCCCGCCAUACUCUUGAUGAGCUGAAUCCACAGAAGUCAAAACACCAAGGUGUAAGAAGAGCGAAGUGGCACUUGGGAAUACGGAGUCAGAGUAGACCAAAUAAUAUCAUGGCUGAAGUUUGUCGAGCAAUUAAACAACUAGAUUAUGAAUGGAAGGUUGUAAAUCCAUACUAUCUGCGUGUUCGAAGCAAGAAUCCAGUGACAAGUGCAUAUUCCAAAAUGAGUCUACAGUUGUAUCAGGUGGAUAGCAGGACGUACUUACUGGACUUCCGUAGCAUUGAUGAUGAAAUUACUGAAGCAAAAUCUGGGACUGCAACUCCACAGAGAUCAGGUUCUGUAAGCAACUGUAGAUCCUGUCAAAAAGAUUCAGAUGGUGAUGCACAGGGAAAAUCUGAAGAUAUGUCCCUUAUACCAUCCGCAACCUCUUUGAUUGAUUCUUCUAAGGCUGAAUUAACUCCAAGACCGGGGAGUCAUACAAUAGAAUUCUUUGAGAUGUGUGCAAAUCUUAUUAAAAUACUUGCACAAUAAGUUUGAAAGUGGGCUUAUUUCUUUUACAGCAAUAAGCAUGCCUAAAUCAUAGUCAGAUGCUUCCAGUUACAAUCAAGUUAAAUUAACUAAGGUGCUGAAAAAACUAGCCACAGAAUGCAAUUUUCAGGAGGAUCGGAAUGAUUAUAGUCCAUUAUGUAUAUUAUUUUGAAGCUGGCUGAAUUCUGAUUGUCCGCUGUCCAAUAGCAUAAUACAGGUAUAGGAAGUUAUGUGCCCUUGGGGCAGUGUUCGUAACACUUUACACUGAUUGCACAUUAGAAUUCAAAUAUUUAAGUUAUGCUGGCCUUCUCUCUUUUUUCACUGAUAAUACAUACAUCUAAUGCACUGUAAGUAAAUGUAGUUCAAUGACUUAAGUAUGACUUGAUCAGCAUUAAUAGUUGUGCCUUAGUUGAUCAGAAUUGUCAACAUCUAACAGUACUAUAUCAAAACUGCUGUUUCUUCCCUCUUAUUUGACAGUAAAUGAUAAAGAAUAGUUUAAUGCAUUAUAAUAUACUACUUUUAAUAACAGAUAAAUAUGAUUAAAUGCAUGCAAAUCCAGCCAGGUGAAAAUAUAUGUAGGGGCUUUGUAAUGCACUAAGGGUAAAAUUCUGUGGGCUGUAAGUAGAACAAUUCAGGUCACAGCAGUGGUGAGAGGCUUAAUGCUGAGAAGACUUGGCACCCUAUGGGCUGAAACAAAAUGUGGUUCUGUGAAGGAGAACUGUCAGCAGGUUCCUGAUCUGUGCAGAUUUAGUAGCCCACAUCUUAGUGUGGUAGCAGCACAGCAGUUCCCCAAUGCUACUGCAGGCUGAGAAUCCUGUUCCUUAUAAACACAUGCAUGUAGUUAAAAGCACAGCUCUAUGGCCUCUUGCAUGCUAUUCCAGAAUCUAAAAUUUUCACUUUUAAAAAUAUGUUCAUACUUUGAUACAUCUGUUUAUAUCAUAUGCUACCUUGCCAUAUAUUUUAUAGAAUUCACAUUGCAGUUGAAAAUACAUAUAUUGGUUUAGGUUUUUCAAAGCAGCUUUUAUAGUGAACUCUGCCAUUUAAAUUGUGUCAUUAAUAGUCCAACUUUUCAGUUGAACAUUUAAAACUGAUCACGACAGCUUAUCAUAUAAUCAUAGAAUGGUUUGGGUUGGGUGGGACCUUAAAGAUUACCUGCUUCUAACUCCCUGCCAUGGGCAAGGACACCUUCCACUAGACCAGGUUACUUGUAACCCCAUCCAACCUGGCCAUGAACACUUCCAGGGAUGGGGUGUCCACAACGUCUCUGGGCAACCUGUGCUGGGGCCUCACCACACUCACAGUAAAGAAUUUCUUCCUAAUAGCUAACCUAAACUUGCUCUCCUUCAGCUUAAGGCCAUUCCCCCCUCUCCUGUCACUGCAUGCCCGUCCUGGAUUGCUAAGCAAAUUGUAUUCUAUUUGCCAUCUGUAUGGCAGUUGUCUUCUGUUAAGUGGGCAGUUUUCCUUAUCUCUUCCACAACCAAUUCUCCUUCUGGGGAGACAUCUGCUGAUAACAGGCUAUUGAAUGUCACUGCAUGACUGAUUAGAACUAUAGCAUCCCAUUGUGAGAUGCUCCACCUAGAGGGAAGAGCCAAGCAUUCCUACCGAGAUAUAAUCUUGAGAUUCUGGAACACCAGCACUUUUCCCAGAGGAACAGCUGCCUCUUCCACUGGAUCUUCAGAGGAAGACUACACCUUUCUACAAGAUCACUGCUCCAACAGAACCACACCUGACACUCCAGGAGGACUGCGGCCAAAAUUCCAAUUGGACUGCUACCAACACCCUGACCAACAGGGUGUCAGGUUGUGUUCUGACUCUGUCAGUGUUGUUUUAGUUUACUGCAUUGUUUAUUUUAUCUUUUUAUUUUCUUCCCUAAUAAAGAACUGUUAUUUCCUGCUCCCAUAUUUUUGCCUGAGAGCCCUCCUUAAUUUCAAAUGUAUAACAUUUUGGAGGGAGGGGGUUUACAUUUUUCCAUUUCAGGGGAGGGUCCUGCCUUCCUUAGCAGACACCUGUCUUUCCUAACCAAGACAAUGCUCUUGUGAAAAGUCCCUCUCCAUGUACCUUGUAGGCCCCAUUUAUGUACUGUAAGGCUGCAAUAAGGUCACUCCAGAGCAUUCUCUUCUCUAGGCUGAACAGCCCUAAGUCUCUCAGCCUGUCUUCAUAGGGAGGUGUUCCUGCCCUCCGAUCCUCUUUGUGGCCUCCUCUGGACUUGUUCUAAAAGGUCAAUGUCUUGUGUUGGGGGCUCCAGAGCUGGAUGCAGGACUCCAGGUGGGAUCUCACAAGAAGAGAGUAGAGGGGCAGAAUCACCUCCCUCAAUCAGCUGGGUAUGCAGUGAUAGGACGAGUGUUGGAACCCAGGGCACAGGGAAUAUUUCUCUGCCUGUCCUGAGAAGUCCUGAUCCCCAGGAGAACACUGCUUUUAACCUUUGUCCAUGGAGAAAGUUUCCAAGACUUUGGGAUGAAUUGGAAUCUAUGAGUGUGUGAAAUAGAUAGUAGUAUAGUUUAUCACAGGGUGAAAAGCUUAAGAGUUUUGGGGUUUUAGUAUGGAGGUAGAUCAGAGACAAGAUGGAGGAUUUUGGGCAUUGUAUGAUCUCCUUGUUCUUCAUCUACUCCAUUUUCUGAAGUGUUGGGAGCACAGGGUGAUUGGUUAGAAAGAACUGCAAUGCAGAUAUUGUGUGGACAGAAAAAUAAUUAGUUAUUGGUAGAAAGGUAGAAAUAAAGUAUAUUUUAAGAGUUAAUUGGACAAAACAGCUUUAAAAGACCUUGAAUCUGUGUGUCUUGUGGCUUUUGGUGCCUUCUCUUUGUACGCUAAGUCUGAGAUGUAGAUGGUAUGCUGUGGGAGCUCAGCACAUCACUCCUGAUGUCCAGAGCUACCGAGAGAACCCUUGGGGGGCUCGGGAGUCUUGGAAUGUUGCCAAAAGCACUUGGUGGCUUGAUUUUGAUCCAUCUAGGGAUGUGCCACUGAUGUAUGAGGAGAUGGAACCUGUGGGAAUUACUCGGGUGUGAAUGGUGAAGGGAAAACAUAGUUAUAGGGUAAAUUACAGAUUUUAGAGUUUUGGUACAGGGGGGUUGUGGAGACAAGAUGGAGGAAACAAGGCAUGUCACAAGACUCUUCUUUCUUCUUCUUGUCGUCCAUCUUCUGCUGUGGUGUUGGCACUUGGGGAUUGGUCUGGGGUGAGGGUGUACCUGGUGACAAGGGUGAUAGGUAUUGGGGAUAUGUAAAUAUGAUAUAAGUAGUUUUUGUUAUAAAAGAUGUGCCCGCCUUGGGGGAAGGUCAGAGUGCCUUUGGCUGCCGUGCUGGUCAGAUCCCGGUCGGGCAGAGAAGGGACUCUGUAGGUAAGAUAUAAUAAACAAUUCUGAAGACCGAAAAACCUGGAGUUCAGACUCAUCUUUUGAGGCCCAGCUUGCCAGAACCAUCCUAAGCGUGUGUGGGAGCAGAGACGAACAGCCGAACCCCAUAGUAUGCAAAACUUUUGAUAAGAGAAAAAUAAACAACAGCCUGAAGACCGAAAAAACCAAGUCCCAUCUGUCUCUCAUUCCUGGCACAGAACUUAUUAGGGGUCUCCCCAUCAGGGGGACCCAUGAGGGAGGUUUCGACAAGGAAGAAUGGACUUAAGCUGAAGGAGAGAAGGUUUAGAUUAGAUAUUAGGAAGAAAUUCUUUAUUAUAAGGGUGGUGAGGCACUGGCACAGGUUGCCCACAGGUUGUGGAUUCCCCAUCCCUGGAAGUGUUCAAGGUCAGGUUGGAUGGGGCUUGGAGCAAUCUGGUCUAGUGGAAGGUGUUCCUGCCCAUGGCAAGUGGGUUGGAAGUAGAUGAUCUUUAAAGUCCCUUCUGACCCCAGCCAUUCUGUGAUUCUUUAUCAAGCUUCUCAUCCACAACCAUCCUCAGUCCUCCCAGGGCUAAUUCUUGAUUCAUUUUACGCCUAGCCUUUACUUGUGCUUAGGAUUCAAAAAGUUUUUAACAGUAGAUUUCUGUUACCAGUGUCAUAAAUCCUACCACAGUUAUGGUUUUUGCAAUGUUUUCAGAACAAAAUUGAACCUUAAAUGUAAAAUCUUAGCUAAUACUUGCAUAAAACUAUGUACUCUCUUGUAAACUGGAUGUAAUUAUCCACAGUUCCAUUUUCAUCUAGCACUAAUGGAUGUAAACAUUGCACAAUAAACUAUGUCAUAAAACAUUUGCCUUCAACAAUGAGCAUUCUCUUCAAAGUCAACUUCAUUACCUACUUUCUUUCAAAGAUUGCUCUCCUGAUUAGAGACUGGAAUCAAGGCAUUACUAUGAACAGUAAAGUCUUGACCCUGAAAAUGAAUGCAAGAUAUUGUAUUGUCUGACUGAAAAAUGCUAGCUACACCUAUAAGAAUAGUCUAAUCCAGGCCAGCUGGUUCCAGUUAUGAAUAUGCACAGCACAGAAUUUGAACAAACUUAAAGCUGCUUAAGCUCUUGAGCUGCCGUAACUGUGUUCUGAACUGGGAAAUGGUGUAGUCUGCCUAAUAUGUAGGUACAUGUUACAACCAGUUCUUUAUCCUCAAGUGUCACACACUGUCCCCAUAAUGCAGGGUUGUAUUACUGUAUAUCAAAGUGGAAGAUUUCUCUUAAUGCUUUGGGUUUAAACUCCUGAGAUUGAGAUGUCAACAUGAGACCAGUUUCCAAUCCUACUUAAGUGGGGGUUUGUGUUAUGUGGGGUCUUUUUAAGCCUUGUAAGAAAUGAUUCUGAUGUACUAAAUAAAUCAAUGUACUCAUUUUUGUAACCCUUUUAUUUUGAAGUUUGUAAAUAUUGUACAAUAUAAUAAAUGCAGAGGGUUUUUUGUUUUUUUAAUUGCAGUAAUUUCUCAUCUGGAAUUGGUUUGGAAUCAUUGAAAGGGUCUCUGUGUAUGUUCAGCUAAAUAUUUGUAAAUGGUAUCUGGUCCUGUUUUGCAAAUUUGUAAUGCUGACCACAAGUGCAAGGUGUCAAGGUGCAAAUAUCUUUUAAUUUUUAUAUGCUUUUUGGCAAUCAUGCAUUAAGGCCACCUUGUUUAUUUUGUCUCAGUAUCUGAUAGUUGAAGAGAGUUUCUGGCAGAAGUGUACAGUAUGUAUAGCUUUAUUUAAAUUAAAUUUUAUUGGUAUGAUAAAUCAGUUUUGAUGGACAAAAGUUUCCUGAUGGAACAAAGUUGGGGUGGGGUUUUGGGGUCUUUUUGUUUGUUUGCUUGUUGUGGGAGUUAGCUUAUACAGGAGGGGGGGGAGAGAGAAAUAAUACACUGGAGAGUCCAGAAGUGGAGCCCACUGGUUGAGAUACCCGUGCAGGGAGGGUAAUGCCUGAGAAAGAGACAGCAAAUAAUUUCUCGUAAUCCUCUCCCCAUCUAAGCACAUUUGGUCAGUUUGAUUUCCUGGUAGGAUAUGGUUUUCCAUAUAAUACUUCGAAGGGACUUUCUCCCUCUCUAACCCAUAGAGUUAUCUUGAUUCCCAACAAUAAAACAGAUAAAACCUCCACCCAUUUAGGAUGUGUUUCCUGACAUAAUUUUGUGAUUUGCUGUUGCUCUGAUUUUUAAAGAUUUUCUAAACCUUCUGAUGUUGACAUUUUUGUAGCUAAUUUUCUCACACACUCUCUGUAAAUAACUCAUUGUUUUGCAUUCUUUUAUAGAAGAGGAGACAUUUGAUAGACUGUUAGUUUGUCCAGUGUCAUUGGAGAGGUGGCACUGUCACCCUCCAAUCCACUGUCACUUUUAGAAAACUAUUAAUGUUAGAGUCAGAAAAUAAACUUCCCUUUUUCUCUUCACCUUGAGAA